GUUGGUUAUGGUGAAUAUUUGGAUACCCUGGCAAGUACUAGGAAGGAACUUCAGGUCUGGGACCAAAUUCAAAGAGCUUCUUCGUAAAAGUUGUCAAGUAACCACAUGGACAAUUUAGGAUUUCAACAUGAUGUCGAAGAAGCGUCCUUCUCUCUCAGCGAAAACAGCAACAAUGAAGACAUUCAACAAUGGUCUAGGAGCCUACAUCUUCUUUCUUGCGAUAAUGGUCGCUGUGACAAUAUAAGAGAAGCUAGCGCGCAACAAUGGAAAACUAUCGCAAACACAAACUCAACAAAGCUCGUGUCCUCGUCCUCAUUCAGUUUACCAAAGAACAAGACCUUAAACAAGUAUAGACGCUUUUCAGAAUCGUUUUCGUGUACUAGUCGAGUGCCUUCGUGUGUGGGAAAGAUGUUGAAUAUUCCGUCCAGAGAAGAUGUGAAACAUGGUAACAUAAAAUGUUCAUCGUUUAUUGUAAGUGACAAUAAUAAUGUAAAUAAAUCUGUGACUGAUUCCACCGCUAAAUACCAGCAACAUUCCUGUGAAGAUGGCGGCUACACAGAAGUCCACUGUAACAGUUCAAAUCCUCUUUGGUCCGAUGAAUAUCAGCCAAAUAAUUUGAGGAUAUGCUCAUCACAAAACUUCCAGGGACACAAUUCAAUGUCAUCCUUAAUUAACAACGUGCAGGAAUGUUCAAACCAUGCACCAAUGCCUUCUAUAUCUCUAAAUAAUAGUUACCGUGAAGGGUACCUGAGUUCGAUGCCGUCCUUUUCAAAAUCUCCUCUUAAUCUUUCUCCAUCUUUUUCAAAUAAACACAACUUGAUUAAUGAUACGUCACUAGACAUCCAAAAUACAGUGGCCCAGUCACUAAAAUCUACAAACAAAUAUAGCAACUUGGGUCCUACCCAGGCUUUCCUCAAUAAUGCUCAAAAUUCAGAAAACUCGUCUCCAUCUUUGAUGAAGAAGCAACAUCAGGUUUCAAAAGACGAUUCCGACUUGAAUUCGACGCAAUGCAUAAUGAAAUCACAAAAGAAUGUGAAUCGUAUUGUGAAUAGUGCCACAUUACCAACAGCAAUCAUUAAGAACGUAAGGAAUCAAAAUUUGGAGUUCACAUCAGUUAUACCAACUGUGUCGGGAACAGUGCCGUUGUAUUACUCUGAAUUUCUGAAUCAGCAACAGGCCUCGCCGAGCCCAUACACAGAGAACAGAAUGAACAUGAGGCGGUCCUCCAGAGUUCUGCCAAGUGGCCGGGCGGCGAGUGACCACUCUAAGCGCAGGACUCUUGCGGGAUGUUGUAUCCUACUCCUGGCUUGCGUUCUACUCCUGGUUGCCAUAGGAUUGGUCAUCUACGCAAAGACAGCUAUGAACUCGUUUCCCUUGAAACUGCCAGAAGGCUGUGAUGCUGCAGAAACCGGCGUGAAUGUGGUAGCUGGCGAGUUCCGAAUAACAAAUGAGCGGUAUGAGUCUAGUCUGAAGGAUGAAACUUCAGCAGACUUCAAGCAACUAGUUGCUCAGAUAACACAACAGCUCAACAUCCUCUUCAGUGCCAGCACGCUGUCUGUACACUACAAUCACUCACAUGUGACACAAUUCAGUGACUGUUUUAAGAAGUCAGGAACCGGUGGUAUUCUGGUACAGUUCAAACUGGUGUUAUUGUCAGCCCCUCCAAAUGGCGAGGCAGCAAACCAGGCAGGCCUGGAAUUCCUGCGAGGACUGCAACAUCAUCACGGUCAAAUGUGGCUGGGAAAUUUUGCUGUUGAUGUACAAUCAAUAGGCUUUGUUGCUGUGGUGGAUAUGGCAUCUCUGCCCGAGCAGACACCAGACCCAGCACUUCUUCCUGGAUGGUCAUCAUGGUCUGAAUGGAGUGACUGCAACGCUCCAUCAGCGCUGUCCAAAAACACCCAGAUACGAAGCAGGUUAUGUCGCUUGGACAGAGGAGUGGGAGAUGUACUCUCAAACAUUGAGCCCUGCUUGUUGCUAGAGCAGGCCGGAGGUGACCUCGAAGUGAGAGACUGUGAAAACAUGAGUACAGUGACAGUUCUGUCAUCGAGGGUGCUCGAAGGUGAGGUCGUCUCCAAUGACAUAAGUGUAGAUAUGACAGUUCAACCACCUGCAGCAUCCAGUUCUUCCAGUGUAGAUGUAAUUGAGGGGAAUACAGUUACCAUGCAAACGACAGAUCACCUUCAUGCUGUCGGAGAUAACGCAACAUUAAUAAACUCCAGCAGACGUUCAACAAUACCAGUUAUGGAUCUGUCACUGCCAUCAUAUCGCCACUGUGAUGAGUGCUUGCCUGGUGAAGUGUGUGUGGCACUCUGUGGUGAAGAUGUGCCAACCUGUAGACAGCCUCAUGACCCUGGUGACCCAACAGGUUGUGGGGGUCAUUGCCUCAUCAAUACACAGUUCUGCAACAAACUUGAUGUAGAUGCUUUCAGAUGUCUGGAUGAUUCCUACUGCCUCCCAACAGAGUGGCGCUGCUCAAACCAUCUUUGCAUCCCACAGGAGAAGAGGUGUGAUGGUCAUAUGAACUGUUAUGACCAUACUGAUGAAUUUGAUUGCACAUGCAAUAUGACAUCCCAUUUUCACUGUGGCAACAACACUUCCUGUCUUCCGCUCAAGAAGAAAUGCAAUGGUAUUAUAGACUGUUGGGAUGGUUCUGAUGAGCUCAACUGCACCUCUGCAUGUCCUACUACAAACCAGUUCACCUGCAAUGAUGGUCAGUGUAUUCCACAUGCUCAGUUCUGUGAUGGGAUCUCAGACUGUGAGGACAAGUCAGAUGAACCGUUUGGCUGUGGAGGAGAAUGUAAAAGUCAUGAAUGGAAGUGUGGAAAUGGUCGCUGUAUUAAGAAACAAGCUGUAUGUGAUGGGACUGACAACUGUGGAGACAUGUCUGAUGAAAAGAACUGUCCACGCAGUUGGAGAUAAUUAAUUGGUGUGGUCCAUUAGUUUGCUGCUGGCACUGAAGUACAACUGAAAAUAUUGCAGAAAAUGGCUCAAGUAUUACCGGAACUGGGAAGUCAGAAUGUGUGCCAGAAGUACUCUCAUUCUUGUUUUUCUUAAUUCUUAUAUUUAGUUACCAUAACUGCAUUUAUAUUUCAAAUUUCGCGUUCAGGAAAUUCUUUAUGUUGAAAUGUCACUACUCAGAGAUAUAAAAUAAGCAAAGAAACAAACUAUUAGCACUAUAAAUGACACUAGUGCCAAACGGGUUUCGACCUCAAGAGGUCAUCAUGAUUUGUUUUUUAAACCAUUUUUGAUUAUGAAUUAAUUCCCUGUUGCCACUGAUCAUGACCUCUUGUGGUUGAAAUGCAUUUGGCACUAGUGCCAUUUAUAGUGUUAAUAGUUUGUUUGUUUGCUUAUUUUAUAAUCUAAUACACCACAUGGUAUGCAAAGUUUUAAGAUUACUCAGAGAUGUUCGAAUGUAUUUAAAUAAGAUGAUCCAAAGGAAAACACAAGAAGUCACUUUUCUGCUUUCUAUUCAAAAUAUAGCUAUUUUUUUUAUUUUUAGUGUACUCUAAAUAUUGUAAUUGUGAAAUAUAUUUAUAUUUUACCUUCAAAGAAGGAAUAUACCACA